AUGCCGAGGAGCACCGACGGACGGACGCGAUCUGACGGCUUGGAAUCGUCGCUUUCCGUUGUCGGCAACGAGGCGACGCUCAGUUGCAAGCAGCGCCAAGGGGUCACUCUUUUGCGGCCCGUCUUUAUGAAUGCCGUCGAAGUCGGCUACUCGUGAGUUUCGUUCCUCCCAAUAGCAUUUUUGAUUUCGAUUCCGAAAUUACAAUAGAAGAGCAGAUUCCAAGAUGUUGAUUUGAUUUUCACUUAUGAAACUGAAAUGAGCUUUUCACGGCUUGCAAAGAGAAAGGUAAAAGUUGUCAGGUACGCCCAGUGCGAUCGAGACAAGAAGCUUAACGUGCGCGGCGUCACCAUUGCAUUAUGGUACUUUAUCUGCAAAGGGCACCAGGUUGGUCAUUCAAACUCGAUUCAAACGAGCAUCGAAGUGUUCAGGCGAUCGCCUUGCUACCGUAUUGUUUCAAAAGCUAUGCUGAGAAGUCGAGUUGCUAUGCGGAGCUGAUGGCCCUAUAUCGACUUAAUCUUAUCGAAUUCACGCCUGGAUACGGUAGUGAAAAGUAUGCAGAAGUAAAUCGUAUCAUGGUGAAUCGGGCUCACGAAACCGGCGGUUGUAUCGUGGCGCGUUCUCAAAUGCAGGGAAUCACCGAAAAUAAGCCAAACCUGAUAAAUGUCGUCGAGCAGAGGUAUUCUCUUCGAAACUCCCGUCGCAGAUAUUAUUGUGAGUCCAGACUUUUGAUGCCGACUUUCAACGGAGACGACAUCAUGUUUCCUAUAGAUGGACCCCUUGGAAGAAACGGACCAUCUCUCAAAGUGAAGAAAACGAUUUGAUCAAUUCAGAAGUUGACUUGCAGAAAACUUUGGAAUGUGAACAAGGUGAUCAAGACUGGCGCGUUUGUUCGGAGCACCAGCUUCUUUUCUCCGACCAGCGACACUGGCUGGAGAAGAUUGCACAGCUGGCCCCUGAAAAAACUAUUUGGAAUAGAAUGAGCAGCACUCUGCAUCAGCAACCGUCUGUGGGACAGACGCGUUUUGAGCAGCGGUUUCUCAGUUCCUCACCUUAUGUUGCGAAUGCUGACUCAGGGAGCGUGGUGACAGAGCUGACUCACCUUUCAACCGAUUCACUCGUCGCCGACAAAGCAGCAGCCGAAGUGGCAGUCGCACCGGCAUCGCCAAUGGAGACGGAAGUCCAGUCUACCGCGAGAAGGUCGGCAAUGGAGGCGCGACAAAAAAUGAAAACUCCACACGAUCGGUAUCUUUUGCAGAACAACGGAAACAACUUAUUUUUGACAGGGCGGACGACGAAAGCAAAACCUGACGAGCUUCACGAUUGGGACGUUGCCGCCGCCGAUGGAAGAUCCUUUCGCGCGACGUGCAGCUACACGGAAUCGCUCUAAAGAAAACACAGUCAAAAGCACUUCUGGAAGCACCAACUCGAGUGGCUGCUCCCACGGCUGUGCCUGUGUCCACCAGACGGUACGCCCUGAAUCUUUAUCCGUUCACCUCUCUUCCAGAACUCGUACGAUGAAGAAGCCAGCAGCCAUCUUCAAGCACAACUAGCCUUCGACGAGGAGUGUAAACGGCAGAUGAUUGAGCAACGCAAGAGCGACGAGCUUCUUGCCAGGACUUCACAAAUCUUUGGCUAUAAAAAAGUUGGUUUGAUUAGGUUUGUAAAAAAAAGGAAGAUAUUUGAAGGCCUCUCGGGUGUUUUUCCGGAACCCUUCUGUGCGCAAUUUGAAUCAACUUGUGGAGAAGUGUUUACAAGAAGAAGACUUUACGGACGACGACGCCGAGUUCGUCGCGCCCGAGCCAAGGCCUCUUCUGCACGACGUCGUCGAUGCCGAGGCCUUCCAGCUGCACGCGGACUCGACGUUCCAGCUGCUGCAGAUGAACACGCCGAACGAUGACCUCAUCGACUUCACCGACGAAGAACCUCGCCAAACAUCUCCGCAGCGCUUCGAGCCGCCCGUCAAGCCGCGUCUCGACCUUCUCGACCUUUUGGACUGA